AUGUCCAAGAAGAAGGAGCUCCAAGUGGUCGAGGAGCUCAUAGAGGCCGGGCACAGUAGGCGCCAUCGGGACGUCUGCCCCACGGCCGAUGCCGCUAAGUUCCCUGACGAAGCACAAGACGGUCGCUUGGCAAUGGCUCGGCGCAGGAGGUCGCAUGGAAUACCCCGUUCCGAUUGGCUGCACAAAGCCGUUGUCCCCCUUCAACAGCGGGGACGAUUAGAAGCGUUCAGAGGUAAGAUGCCGGCUUCAGUGAUAGAUUCAUCUCCGGACCCAGCAGGAGCCAUGUCGCAGUUACCGAAGGCACUGGCUCCAGUUUCAAGCGGGUUAGUAGACAGAACCGCCGCAAUGAGUGGCAACGGCGAGCUCAAGAACGUCCCGACCAUCAAGGCCUACAAAAACCCAGACUUCUUGGGCGCGGCGACCUCUCGCCAUGUCCGGAUCAUGUGUGAGCUCUACGAGCCCAUGCAGCGCUUGGACAAGCAUGACAUUAGCAAUUACUUCAUUAUCGUCGGCUCGCACCUGAUGAUGCAUCCGGAGGACCGCGUCAAGCACAUUGCUGGCCUGGAGCAGCAGCUCAAGAAGCUCACGGCAGAAGAGGAGGUCGAAGCCGUGCAGGCCAAGCUCCGAUUUGCGCAGAAGAUACAGGCCAUGGACAAGUUCUAUGUGAUGGCCAUGGAGCUUGGAAAGAAGCUCGGCGAAUGGAAUCGGCAGCGCGCCGCCAAAGGAUUGCCGUCGUAUCACGUCAGUACCGGUGGUGGUCCUGGCAUCAUGGAGGCUGCGAAUCGCGGCGCCCACGAAGCAGGAGACAAGACGCUCGGUUUCGGGGCCAGCCGGCCAGAGUGGGGCUCCUUGAACAAGUACGUGUCGGAGGAGGGUGCCUUCGAGUUCCAUUACUUCUUCAUGCGGAAAUUCUGGAUGGCCUACAAGUGCAUGGGCCUCGUAGUCUGCCCAGGAGGUUUCGGGUCGCUGGAUGAGCUCUUUGAGUUGCUAGUGCUCCUGCAGACCAAGAAAAUCUCCCAUCCUUUGCCGAUCAUUCUGUUGGGCGAAGAGUUCUGGAAGAAGACCAUCAACUUCCAGUACUUGAUGGAAUGUGGCAUGCUGACCCAAUCGCACUUAGACAUGCUGGUCUUCAAGGACACUGCGGAGGAUGCUUUCCAGUACCUGGUCGAGUCCGUACGAAAAGCAGAGGAGUCCGGUGAAACGGAGCAGGUGGAGACGGCGAAGCGCAGAAGAUUGGAAGGCAAGCCGAGCACUCCGUCUCGCAAAGACAGUCGCAGCAUCACUGGGGUCACUGCUGGAGGCCAUCGUGUGAAGCAAGGAACAUUCGAGAAUGUUACAGUCGUUGAGGCUGACCUCUUGAACUUCGAGCUUCCGGAAGCUUUUGAGCAUGCGCGUCUCACCCGUCAUGUGCACUCCUGCGCAUCGCCGUAUACAUCUUUACUACAAGGUUUCUCUUGUUGA